AUAUAAAGGAGAAUCGGAUUGCUUUAAUGACACUGUAGCUCUUUUCUGUGUUAUCUUCCAAGCUCCUGAUAUUUUGUGCCCUAGAACACUAGAUUCUAGAUCUAGAAAUACAACAUGGCUUUCUACACCAAGGAAGUUAUCGCAGCUCUUGAUUCAAUCCACCUAGAGAAGCUUAACGGCAAUGAAGUAGAACGCCUACAAGUACGCGCUGCUGCACGUCGAUUGCUUUCUCGUUUGGAGACGCCUUACGAGCGCGCCUGGGGCUUUAGCUUCGAACAUCCUGUGGUAUUUGCCGCUCUACAGACUUUUAUCGAUGUGAGCCUUUGGGAAUCCUGGACUGCUGUUGGGGGUGGUGAGAAGUCUAUCGACGAAUUGGUCGAAUUAACCACUCCUAAGGUCGAUACAAAUCUGCUACGUCGUUUCUUUCGCCUGCUAGCAACCGUCAACAUAGUUGAAGAGACGAGAGAAGACAGAUUCAAACCUACCUUAUUUUCAUUAGCUAUCGGAGACGAGAGUCCCAAGGUCCGCGCCGCGCUUCAAGAAGGAGCAUAUCAAUUUAUUGCUGCUGGCCAUAACCUGCCAAAGUACCUGGCAAAGAUCUCUUAUAGGGAACCUACAGACGCGAACGUCAAUAAUUACUCGGACAGUGAUCCAGACGGCCUUAGCUUCUUCGGGCGAUUACAGAGAAGCCCCGCUUAUUAUGAGACCUUUACUGAAUUCAUGCGGGGGUGGACGGCAUGGAAGACACCAUGGACGACGGUAUACAACACGGACAAGCUUCUGGAAGGCGCCAACAUAAGUGCUUUAUCUCCUCUCGUGGUUGAUGUCGGUGGCAAUACGGGAAUUGAUCUUUCCUAUGUCCUUGCCAAGCAUCCAGGUCUUCCAGCUGGAUCACUCGUCUUGCAAGAUCUUCCAGAAGUAAUUGCCAAUGUCAAGGUCGAUGAAAGGAUCAAGACUAUGGCACAUGACUUCUUUUUACCUCAGCCCGUGCAAGGGAGUCGUGCUUACUUCAUGCACGCCGUCCUCCAUGAUUGGCCGGACGACAAAGCGAAACAACUGUUGUCGAAUACCAGAGAGGCUAUGGUAAAGGGUUACUCCAAGCUUUUCGUAUACGAGAUUGUCCUUCCACCAACAGGAGCCAGCAUUAGUCAAGCCACUAUGGACGUCAAUAUGAUGUCGUUGUUAUCGGCUUCUGAGAGGACUCAAAGCGCGUGGGAGAGGCUAUUGGGCGAUGCUGGUCUCAAGAUUAUUGAGAUUUGGCCAGACCCUCAAGAGUGCGAGAUGCUCAUCGAGGCUGAGGUCGCGUAGGAAGCGACUUGUGGGGGACUAGUUUGAAAAUCUGUUAAUGAUAUUCUAUCUUCAUUUGCCCCCAGUUAGAUUGAUAAUGAUUCGGUGGUACAGCCGGCUCGUAGGUGGAUUACGUCGACCUUGAAUAUCUAGAAGCUCUCCAUACUCUAAGGGUCUGGAAAUGGAUAUAGUGAGAAAGUACCAUGGAAGCUGGUGAUGGUGAUGAUGAAACCAAGGAGCCGCCCGCGAUUCUUCGAGGAGGUUGGUGACGUGGUCACGGCAUCGGAAUACUCCCACAUCAGGAAGUCACGAUCAGAAAUAACGCUAUUAGUUCUACGGCUGUUACUCCAGCUU